UAAAGAUGUGUUGUUUUUUUUUUUGCAUAAUUGGCUGUUAGGCUCGCCUGCCUCUGAAGUGGAUGUCUCCGGAGUCCAUCUUUGACAAGGUGUUCACCACUCAGAGUGACGUCUGGGCCUUUGGCGUCCUGCUUUGGGAGAUCUUCUCUUUGGGGGCGUCACCAUACCCUGGCCUGCACAUCGACGAAGAGUUCUGCCGCAGGCUGAAGGCGGGUACCAGGAUGAGGGCGCCAGAGUACAGCACGGCCGACAUUUACAGCACCAUGCUGGCCUGCUGGAAGGCUGAGCCCACCGAGAGACCCUCCUUCUCCGACCUGGCGGACACCCUCGGAGACCUGCUCGAGUCCAUGGCGCAACGGGAUGGGAAGGAUUAUAUUCCUCUGGGAUCUCACGUGGAAUCUUGGAAGAGCAGCAAGACCUUCCGAGAAAAAACCCUUGCCGUCACCAACUUAAGUUACAUGCACGCCGUGGUGGGCACUCUGGACAUGUUUGAAGAAAUGCCCUGCGAGGAUGCGUCUCACGGAUCUGAGGAGGGCGACAGCGGCAUGGUCCUACCUUCAGAGGAGCUGCAGCGUCUAUCGUGGAGGCACGACAUGAAGGAAGGCUCACGUCUCCAUAGCAACGGGCCUUCCGAGUGGGAUUCGGACCAGGGCGGCUGCUCUGCUCCCGACUCCAACUGGACCUUCUUUUACCCCUCCCUCUAGCACCCCCCACCCUCACCCUCCUCCAUUACUUUGUAUUUAGCUUAGCAUAACAAUUAAGAGUUGAUAGUUGUAUUGGUACCUCAUCUGUGUUAAAAGGAAGGACAGCCUCCUUUUCACACUGACAUUAUAUGCUGGAUAUGUUUACGCUUAAUUUGAUGCUAGAAUUGAAUAGGAAUGAUUUUAGUAACACUAAUAUACGAAUAAAAUAUUUUGAAAUGGC